UCUUGUGAUUGGUCGCUUGAUAUUUGGGAACAGAAUCGUGGGAGAAAGUUCUGGGAGAUAAUUCUACCAAAUCAUUUUGAUGACAGACUUUGACUCAGACAUUUCAGAAUGACAAAAACAACAUUUGAGAUGCUGUGUAACUAGCUUGCUCUGCUGGUUAGUCCUGUUAUGCGAGCCACCGAACCCAGUUCCGACACAAAAAAGGUUGAUUUUACUCCAAACAAAGUCAGCACCUUAGGACAUGGCUACUGUGGGAGAAGAUGCAAUAGAAACAGCAGCUCUGGGGAGACCCUUUCAACUGGGAAUGCUGUACGACUGCAGAAAAGAUGCAAUAGUACCAGGAAUCACGCUUUGGGAUCGAGAGCAGCUGCAGCUUAACAAAGAUGUUUUUUCGCAAAGUAGCACCGAGUUCACAAUUACAACUUCAGACACAAUUGAGGAAAAAACAAAGCUCCUAAAAGUUGAUGGUGAACUGAAACUGAGUCUUGUGGGAGGAAAUGUCACAGUAAAUGGUGCAGCCAGAUAUUUCAAUGACACUAAAAAGUCAUUUCAACAAGAGAGGUUGACGCUGCACUACAGAGUUAACACCAAGUUCAAGCAGUUGACUAUGAAUCACUUGGCACAAGGAAAAUUGGAUCACUGUGAUGUGUUUGAUCAUGAUGUAGCAACACACGUGGUUACAGCAGUGCUAUACGGAGCAGAUGCCUACUUUGUGUUUGAUAGAGAGGUGAAUUUAUCUGAGGAUAAAAUGAAUGUACAGGGAGAACUACAGAUUGCCCUUGAUAAACUGAAGAAUAUUUGUUCUGGAGGUGCACAGGUAGGGUUAGACAUGAAUGAAAAUGAGAAGGCUACAGUGAAAAAAUUUAGUUGUACAUUUUAUGGUGAUUUCAUGUUGCCCUCGAAUCCAUCAACCUUUGAAGAUGCUGUGAAGGUUUACACUGAUCUUCCAAAGAUGCUUGGACAGAACGGAGAACAUGCAGUUCCAGUUAAAGUGUGGCUUUUUCCUCUGGUCAAACUGAACUCAAGAGCAGCCAAACUUCAAAGAAACGUCUCUUGUGAUCUCAUUAGAGCUGUGGAGUCAGUAAUCGAGGCUUUAAAUAUCAUGGAGAUGAAAUGUGGUGACCUGUUGCAAGAUACAGUGGCAAAAUCCUUCAGCACAUUUCACAAGCAAGUUCAGGAUUUUCAGAAAUUCUCUUUUGAGUACAAGCGAGAUUUCAUGACAAAACUAGGGUCCCUCCUGCCAGAAAUCCGUGGAGGUAAAUCAGAUAUAAAUGCCCUGAGUGAACUUCUAGAAGCCCAUGAAAAAUCUCCUUUUAAUACCUGUGAUAUUCAGCAGUGGAUAAAUGUGAAGGAAAAAAAAUCCAAACAAGUAAAAACACUGCUAGAGCAGCUCGGUGACCUUGGAGCAAAAGUGGAUGAUGACAUAGAUGAAUAUGUACUAGACUUGAAUGUGGAGAAUUUGGUUUCUUUUGCUUUCACCUGUCUUCAGAACUCAGAUAAUCUCUUGCGCAAACAAAAGAACUACCUGAACCCUUCAACAAUGAAAAAUCCCAGUGAAAAUACACCUGGCCUACAUUUUCAUGAAAAAAUGUGGACCCCUGAAGAACUCAUGUGCAUGAGGAAUAACUUUCAAACUUUUAAGAACUUGAUCACCUCAAAUAAGAGUAAAUCCACAAUAUUUAUUGUACAAAGUGUGCCCCCAACAUCAGAUUGUCCAAGUUCCUGCAUUCUAGUGUAUGAAAAUGGAUGCAGUGAUGCUAUCCCUUUUGCUCCUCCAUCAAAGCCAGCAUGUCCAAACAUCGAAGGUGUCACAGAUAACAGCAUAACAGUAACGCUGAGCUCUACAUGUGCUGCAACACUGGAGAGGAAGCUACUGUACAAAAUGAAACAAGAGGAUGACUGGAAAUCUCAGUCUGUCCAUGAGGAUAAAAUUACACUGAAAGAUCUUCAACAAGGCACUGAUUAUGAAAUAAAAUGUGGAGCAGUAGGAAAACUUGACUACAUGGUUGAAAGUGAUGUAACUCCCUGCUCUGUGGCUAAAAGCCAGAAGGACCUGAAGUCAACUAAAAGUCACUCGACACAGCAUGUGGGUGUAAUAACCAAACCAGAGAAACAGCCAAGUAACAUGGCACACACGGAGAAUGAGAGUAACCAAGGUGACCACGAUGAUAAUGAGAAGGAAGAUGGAUGGGUAACGAUAAACAAAGGUUCUGGCUGGCUAAAUGUGUUUACAGGAAACAAAUAUUUCAUUCUUUCAACUGGAAAAACAAUGAACACGGAUGCUACCAUAAUAAAACAUCUCAAAGACCAAAUACCAUAUCUACAGGAAGUGUCUGCAGUGGAGGAGAGUGAUUUCAUUCUGGUUUUCUGCCCUGUUGUUUCACGAGCUGGAACCGACAUUGAAGCAGCAGUGCAAAAGCUCCAUAAUAUUUCAGUCACCAAACAUGCUCUUCUAGUGGUGCUCCAUCACACGUUUGAUCCAGAGUGUGUUGUACCAGACAGCAGCAGAGCCGUAAAGAGAGAGAAUAUAGUCACAGUGGACUGUCUGUUCCAUGAAGAUCAGGGAUUACUGAAAUGCCCUAAGAAUGAUCAAUCAUUUGCCACUGUUACAAACCAUAUACAAUCUCUGGUUCCGAGGCAAACCUGUUACAUUUGGAAUGGAGCAUCACUGUGCCAGUUGCCCUUUUCACUACUACCUUCCUUUCCUUCUCUAAGUAUUCCAUUCAUGCAGGGCGAAGAGAAGACACAAGAACGAAACAUAGCACAUGUGUUUCCAGGAAAUAAAUAUUUCAUUCUUUCAACUGGAAAAACAAUGAACACGGAUGCUACCAUAAUAAAACAUCUCAAAAACCAAAUACCAGAUCUACAGGACGUGUCUGCAGUGGAGGAGAGUGAUUUCAUUCUGGUUUUCUGCCCUGUUGUUUCACGAGCUGGAACUGACAUUGAAGCAGCAGUGCAAAAGCUCCAUAAUAUUUCAGUCACCAAACCUGCUUUUCUAGUGGUGCUCCAUCACACGUUUGAUCCAGAGUGUGUUGUACCAGACAGCAGCAGAGCCGUAAAGAGAGAGAAUACAGUCACAGUGGACUGUUUGUUCCAUGAAGAUCAGGGAUUACUGAAAUGCCCUAAGAAUGAUAAUUCAUUUGCCACUGUUACGAACCAUAUACAACCUCCGGUGCCAAGACAAACCUUAUUCUUUCUAAAUAUAGGAGCUGGUAUAGAAGCACUGCAGAAUAUCAUUGGUUAUAUAGCAUCACUGCACGAGUGGAUCUUUUCACUACUACCUUCCUUUCCUUCUCUAAGUAUUCCAUUCAUGCAGGGCGAAGAGAAGACACAAGAACCCGAACUGAGGCUGGUGCUGCUGGGGAGGACGGGGUCUGGGAAGACUGCAGCAGGAAACACCAUCCUGGGCAGAGAGGAGAGGAACCAGGCUGCUACAUCUACAGAUACAUCUACAUCCACCCAGCAGAGCGAGAGCACACAGGGGGAGGUGGCUGGGAGGAAGGUGACUGUGGUGGACAUUUCUGACUGGUUCUCUCCCGGACUCUCUGUAGAGAAGCUGAGACAGGACGUGGGACACUGUCUGUCUGCUCCAGGACCCCACGCCUUCCUCCUGGUCAUACCUGUAAAGCAGCCUACAGGAGAGGAGAGAGGGAUGCUGGAGAAAAUGGAGGAGAUGUUUGGAGAGAGAUGUUGGAGAAACACCAUGAUCAUAUUCAGUGUUACUGAUGAGCUUCAGAAGAAGAAAAUUGAGGAGUUUAUCCAAUCAGGAAACCAGGAGGUCCAGAAACUUGUAGAGAAAUGUGGGAACAGGUUUCACUGUCUCAACAUUAAGGAGAGUGGAGAUGGUUCUCAGGUCUCAGAGCUGCUGGAGGAGAUAGAGAAGAUGGUGGAAGAAGAGAAGAAUGAGUUGACAAAGAGAGAACUCGAGAAGGAAGAAAAUGUGAAGAAACAAAGAAAAGAGAGAGAGGGAGAGGAGAGAGAUUUGGAGGAGAGGCACCAACAGGAGAUGGAGGAGAUCAGGGAGGUGUAUGAAGGAGAGGCCAGGAUGGGGGCAGAAGGUGGUAGAAAGAAGCAGGGUGAAAUCAUAUUGUUGUAAGAGAUUGAAAGAAUGAUCGUGCAGGCAAAAGGAAAAUCAAGGGAAGAGAACAAAAUGAAAAAGAAACAGAGUGAGGCAAACGUCAUAAAAUGCUUGCUGCAGGAAUUCUGGAAAUACAUUUUGACCCUAAAAUACGAAGAUGCAAGAAAGAGUUCAGCAGAUAGAGAAGAUGAAGUUGGUGAUACAUAAGCAUAAUCUCAAAGAACCAGACAACUUUCAAUAGGCAGAAAGAAUAAAUAGCAAUAUUAAGUUACAAAAAAGAGUUCAAAUAUUACUUCUCAUAAUAUUCUUAUAUGUAUAGUGUAUCAUGUAUAUGAUUGACUCAAUCUUGUUCCUUCUGUCCAUAAUCUUCUAAUGUAAUAGUAAAUCAUGUAGAAAUGUAUAAUUACAGCAGAGAAGCAUGGAAGUUGGGAUUAUUAAUUAGACAAUACACAUAUGUGUUUGAGACUCGGAGAGAUAAUUUCUAGGUGGCAUACAGGUGAAAUCAAGAAUGCUCUGUUUUUUUAAUCUUUAUAACACAUUUAGCUGUUAUGUUGUGAAAUGUUGCAUGUAUUGCUGAUAUGAUUACUAUCUGUACUUUUGCUAAUAGACUAUGCAUGAGUCUCCUUUGGUUUUCUUGUGUUCUGAGUCAUAAUAAAAAUGAAAGCAUGUUUUAUAUCCCA